CUACAUAACAAUCUCCACAGUUGUUCAGCUAGCAUGGCAAAGACAAAAUCUCUUCUGAUCACACUUUGUUUGUUACUCUUCUUCUGUUCAGCACGACAGCUUCCACCACGUCAUCAAAGUGAGUCGUGCCAACUAGAUAGCAUCGAUGCAUUGGAACCUGACAACAGCAUUGAGUCAGAAGCAGGUCUGACUGAAACAUGGGAUGCUAAUCACCCUGAGCUACGUUGUGUUGGUGUCUCUGUUCUCAAACGCACGAUCAAUCCUAAUGGCCUUCACUUGCCAUCUUAUGUUACAUAUCCUGAACUCCAUUUCGUAGAACAAGGAACGGGAGUAUUGGGAUUGGCAAUUCCAGGAUGUGGAGAGACAUAUGAAGAGCCACAAUGGGAAAAAGGAGGAAGGCCACAACAACCACAGGAUCGUCACCAGAAGGUUCGUUAUGUGAAACAGGGUGACCUUAUUGCUAUUCCACCUGGUGUUCCUUACUGGACCUACAAUUACGGCAAUACCCCUCUUAUUAUUGUCACUCUCCUCGACACUUCCAAUAAACUAAACCAACUCGAUCGUAUCCCAAGAAGAUUUUAUCUAGCUGGGAAUCCAGUAAAACAGAGUGGAAGAAAGCGUGGUGAUAAAGAAGAAGAAACUAACAACAUGUUCAGUGGUUUUGAUUCACGUUUCUUGGGACAAGUUUUGAAAGUGAAAGAAAGUAUAAUUAGAAAGCUUCAAUCUCAAGAUGAACAACAUAGAAAGCACCAAAUUAUACAUGUUAAAGGAGGUCUUAGUAUUAUAAGGCCACCUUUGGAAUUGGAACCAGAAAUAAGAUCAGAAGAGGCAAAAACACAUAGAGAGCAUGGAGAAAAGAGAGUAGAGGAAGAAGAAGAAGUUGAAGACGAACCAGAUAAACGAGAACAUCGAAAAUGGCGAAAAGAGACAAGAAAACACAGAGAAGGUGAAGGAGAAGAAGAGGAAGUGGUAGAAGAGAGAGAAACAAAAACUAAAGAGCAUUGUCACCAUGGUGAAAAAGAAAGAAGCCAUGGUGAGAGAACAAGAACCAGAGAACAUGAAGGACAACACAACUUCUUCGAUGAAACUGUUUGCACAUUGAAGCUUCAUGAGAACAUAGCUGAUCCUUCACGUGCCGAUGUGUUUAACCCAAGAGCAGGUCGUAUAACGAAUGUCAAUAGUUUGACUCUCCCAGUUCUCAAAUUGCUUCAUCUUAGUGCCCAAUGGGUUUACCUCUACAAGGAUGGUAUAUUUGUGCCACAUUGGAACAUGAAUGCGAACAGCAUAAUGUACGUAACAAGAGGAAGAGGGAGGGUUCAAGUGGUGAAUAGUGAGGGAAAAUCAGUGUUCAAUGGAGAGGUAAAAAGGGGAAGAUUGUUGGUGGUGCCGCAGAAUUUCGCAGUGGCAGAACAGGCGGAGAGUGAGGGAUUGGAAUACAUAGUUUUCAAAACAAAUGAUAGAGCUGAGAUUAGUACAAUGAUAGGGCGUGAUUCAGCGAUUAGUGCAACACCUGGGGAAGUACUUGCUCAUGUUUUUGGGCUUAGUCCACAAGAAGUGAAUGAGUUGAAGAAUAAUCGUAAUGAGGGUGUUUUGGCAACUCCUGAUUCUCGAAUUCAGGAUGGCUAUAUUGCCAUGGUGUAACUUAAUUAAUCUUAUGUUGAAAGUUAAUAUUAUGUAAAAUAAAGGAAAUACUAUGUGUGUAGCAAAGGAAUAACACAUAAAUUUGGGGAUAACUGACAGAAGAGUUUUGUUGAUUGUUAAUGCUAUAUUUUCUUUGGGCAUGGCCUCA